AUGUCCCUUGAAGGGCAAAGAGGCACGCUGCAUCUUGCCUCGGGGUAUGAUGUAAGAGAUCCUAUGCCAGCUAAUAUAGAACCAUGUGUUCAGAACUUCCAUAUUCUCAAAUCCCAGGGGUGGACAUCCUCAUUUGACUAUGGUUCUACGAAGCCGCUUUCGUCUCAGGCCCUGAGAGCUGUUACCAACGAUGACAGGGUGAGAAACAGAGCCAUAACGUUUACAGUUGUCAGCGCCCCUAGGCUUGGGAGGCUGCUGAAGAUGAACUCUGACAACCGUACAGAGGAUGUUUCCAUCUUUACCCAACGUCUGGUCAGGGAAGGGCUGAUACUGUACCAGCAUGUGGACCUGGAGAACACAGGGUGGGCUUCAGAAGACUCCUUCACGUUUAUGGCCUCCUCCCCUCCUGCAGCCCUGGGUCCGGAGGAGUUCCGAAUUACCAUUUCAUAUGAAACAAAUGAGCCAGGCAGACAGAGCCGGCUGCUCACAAACGCAGGCGCCUCUGUCAAGGAGGGAGGUGAAGUCCUCAUUGACCGAUCUAAGCUAGAUGCUUCCAACCUCUUACUUCGGCUGCCCCAACCUCAGCGUUCGUCCCAUGAAAUCUGGUUCCAGGUUACAGCUCUUCCUUGCCAUGGGACCAUUAUGGUUGGAGAAAGAAACAUUACCACAGGAAACCCCUACUUCUCCCAGCAUACAGUUAAUGCACUGGGAGUCACAUAUCUUCAUGAUGACUCUGAAUCACUGGCUGAUAAUUUUACCUUCGCAGUUUGGCCGAACCCAAAGAGCGUGGCCACCAACAAGCCGGAGGCUGACUUUCUAGAAGAGAUGUUCAACAUUACCAUCACCCCAGUGAAUGAUCAGUCUCCAGAACUGAAGACCAAAGGGCUUCGGUUGACAGUUCUCCAGGGCAGCAGGUUGGUUGUGGGACCUGAAAUCCUAAAAGUAGAUGAUCUAGACAGUCCUCCAAGUGAAAUCCAAUACAUGAUCAUCCGCCAUCCCAACAAUGGCUUCUUAGCAAUGGCUCACGAUCUGGACACCGCUGCUCACCAUUUUACACAGGCUGACAUCAAUAAUGCUCAGGUGUGGUUCAUACAAGAUGGAAGCCCGUCCUCCGGAGCGUUUUAUUUUAGUGUGACUGAUGGUGAACACCGCCCUCUCUACAAGCUCUUCCACCUGGAUGUCAUCCCCAUCUCCAUCACUCUUGUGAACCUCACAGACCUGCUUCUCCCACAAGGCCAGACCACUGUCUCCAUCACCAAUGCUCACCUCUCUGCAGUGACCAGUGGAAGGAGCCUCCAGGUCAUCUACAGGAUGACACAACCCCUCCAAAAUGGCCACUUGCUGGUCGACAACCAGGUGGUCACCAGCUUUGGCCAGGAGGAUUUGGAUUCAGGAAGGCUCUCCUACCACAUGACCAAUCUCACAGCCUCAGGAGAUCGGCUGCAGUUCUCAGUCUUUACAGUGGAGAGCAACUUGACAGAACAAACACUGGGAAUCAGAGUGCAGCCUUUAUUGCAGGUGACGCGGAACCUGAGAGUGGCCAACAGAACGCCUCAUCGGCUGCAGAGAGAGGAUCUAGAUGCAACCGAGCUGGCUAAUAAGACCAAUAGUGACCCCACAUUUGAAGUGAUACAACCUCCCACCCAUGGGCGACUUGUCCGAAGAGCAGCUGACAGCCCUGUGAUGGAAGAGAUUGCUCGGUUCACGCAGAGAGAUGUCAACCAAGGUCAGCUGCUGCUUGAGCCACGUGCGAAUCUAACAGGCACUGGUACGCUGAACGACUCCUUCACCUUCUUGCUCAGUGCAGACGGUGUGCAGCCAGCAACAGGUUAUCUGGCCUUUACCGUUGUGCCGCCAGACCCCUUACGGCCACAGACAUUUACACCGGAUGUACCUUUAUUCAUCACUGCGGACAGCUUCGUGGCCUCAGUUUUCUCUCAGAAAAAACUUAUGACUUCCGUUAUAACACAGACAGAAACUCCAGGAAAUCUGACCCAGAGCAAAUGGCAGGGGACAGAUUCCUGGGGACAGCCCAAUGGCAGAGAACCAGAUGUGGAUGGCAAGGUGUCCCCCACCAAGGUCAUCUGGCCACAUGCUGCCACCAAAGUUGUUUCUGAAGGGGUCAUAGGGCCCCGAGAUAGCAGUUACCCUCUGGUGGUCAUCAUACCCUUGGCUGCUGUGUUCCUCCUCCUGAUGGUGACUGUGGUAGCCCUGUGUGUCUGGCUGCUGAGCCAAAAGGAGGAAAAGGCUAACCCUCUUAUCCAGCCCAAGACCAGCCUCGAAUCCCCAUCCCCCAGCUGCAGAGCAGAGGGGAGUAGAGCCGUUCCCACUGUCAAGGUCACUGCCCUGUUGAGAAGUUCCAGCAGCCAAGCUACCAGUCUGUUCCUGCCCCCAGAGUGUGCUCAGAAGGCCUCCCUGGGGGCUGAGCCUGUGGAGAAAUGUACUCCCUGGGAGGCAUGGGUGAACCUGGAUCCUGACAUGGCCGAGCUCUGUCGACAAACCAACCCAGCGCUGAAGCACAACCAGUACUGGGUAUAAAUGGGAACCCCACCCCUCUCCCACCGUUCCCUCCCACUCCCUCCCUCUCAUCCUUUGUCUCCCUCUCCCCAUCUCUCUUCCUGUCUCCCCCAUCUCUCUUACCUCGCUGUUACCGACUGCUAACUGUGUACAGGUAUGAGGAGCCGGACUGGACUAUAAUGGUGAACGAAUGCUUAUUGAAUCAAGGAAGGCUGUCCUAACUAAACAAGGCUCAGUCGCUCCUGGGGUUUCCACAGUGGCCCUUUUUCUGGACCUGGCAUUCUCAAGACAUACGUUUCUAUUAAGGAUUAAGCUCUUCACUAAGGUGCUAUUGAGCAUUUGGACCCAAUGGGAAGCCGAAACAUUAACUUGGGGCUUGGAGUUAAAAGAGGGAAGGUUGGUUGCUUUUCAUGGAAGCGUCACUCUCUUGGUGAGUCAGCAGGAAGCGCCAGUUCUGUCUCCACAGAAGAUGCCAUUUGUUACAUCAGUGAGUUUGUUUGUGUAAUGUUUAUGUGUCAUCCUUUUCCUCUGUGGAGUCUUCUAGGGUUGGCUUCUGCAUGCAAGAAAUACCGUGUUCAGAUUGCGGGGCAGUCCGACCUCCUCUGAGGACAGUCAUUGAAUACAUUGUGUUUCAGCAAGAAGCUUUGUCAUUCUGAUCUAGAAAGUCAAGAAAUGUUAUUUGAAGCUCAGAGGGGU